AUGGUAGUCCCUAAGAUCCAAAUUGCUGCGGUUGUCGCAUCUGCCAAAACGUCCGUUUCCUCACGGGUGGAGAUAAAAUGUGAUCGCCUCGUCCCGACUCCAACAAUGGGAGAAAUCCUCGUGAAGCUUGAAUUUUCUGGUGUAUGCCAUUCAGAUGUGCACAGCAUCCGUGGCGAAACGCCUAUGUCGACAGAUGUGGCGGGUCAUGAAGGUAUUGGACGAGUUGUCGAAGAAUAUAUCGUCAGUCCGGCGCUCCAUGUGACGAAGAUUCCCGAGAAACUAUCCCCCGACAGUGCAGCACCUCUCCUUUGUGCCGGGAUUGCUAUGUACUCUUCUAUUAUGAAGACAAAAACCCGCCCAGGAGAUUAUGUUGCCAUCAUUGGUGCAGGAGGUGGGCUGGGUCAUAUGGGAAUCCAAAUUGCUGUCAAGAAAGACCUCAAAGUCUUUGCAAUUGAUAGGACAAUUCAAAGCGGAGAUAUAAAAAAACAACUCUGUCUAUCUCUUGGGGCUACCGACUACCUUGACUACCGAGAAGUCGACAUCGUCCAGGCAAUCAAAGCCAAGACUGGCUUCGGUGUACAUGCUGUCAUCUGCACCGCCAAUGGCGAGCGGGCAUAUGAGCAAAGCAUGCAAAUGCUGCGGCCUCUUGGGACUCUUGUCUGCGUCGGUAUUCCUAGUAAUCCAUUCAGACUUCCAGCUACGCCAUUUGAUAUGAUUGUCAAGGGUCUCACUAUUGUUGGAAACUCGGCAGGAACAUCAAUUGAAAUGGAUGAGCUGUUGGCUAUGGCAGUUGCUGGUGAUGUCAAAGCCCAUGUUAACGUAUUUGAAUUGGAUCAGAUCAAUGAUGUUCUGGGCCGUCUGGAACGCUCCGAUAUUGAUGGAAGAGUGGUAUUGAGAAUCCCCGAGUAG